AUGAAGGGCAUUGACUUCGGGCGCUUCACGUUUCAUAUGUUACCGGGAAUUAUAAUCUGUUUCCUGGCGUCGAUGGUUAUGAUACGAUUUCUAUACAGAGACCUCUCAACACUCAAGUUUCAGGAGCCGCCGGAACUCGUCGGGAAAAAGCGUUUAAUGGAAUACCUGAAGGUUGAAGUCGAGAAUUUAGACUCCAUUGAAAUUGAACAGAGAAGGAGAGAGGAGAGAGCGUUCCCCUCCUCUUCGCCCUCCUCUCAGGACAACGAGGGCUUCACAUACGACUCGACCCAAAUGCAAAAUCUCGAUUCCGGGAACCUAUGUUUCCAAUCAUCAAAUGAGCUGAAGCGAGAGAUCGAUGUUUGGAAGAAAGCCUGUAAUUCUAUAUCCGGUUAUUCAAGAGACGAGAACUCCGUUCGCGGAGUACUUAAGCGUAAAGUUAUGGCACUCGAGAAUCUUCUCCACCAACAUCUAUACGACACCAAACCCUCAGAGGAUGACUAUUUGGCAAUUCUCGAAGAUCUUCAAAACAAACAAAAUGCACCCGUUUUUGUCGACCUGUCGGAGAGUCUGGACCUCAUGUUUCCCGUAUGGAAACUGAAGGCUCGAUCGACGUUCGUGUCGAACGAAUACGCGAACCUAACCGACUAUGAGGUCCGCUUCUCCAUCAUUAGGAUCACUGAAGACAACGUAAAGUCGGUGAUGAAAGGGCCGUGGAUUGCGCCCAUCGCUCCCAACUUUCUAUCGCUAGAAGUGGGCAGUCAUGAAGUGGAGCACACAUUUGUGGUCAAUAAAGAGGACCAUUACGACGACGACGAUCACUAUCAGCUCCGCAUUGAGACCAAUCUGGAAGAAUCGGCCGGAAUAUCAAUCAAUAUUUCGGGCUUUUCCGAGCUAUCACUGGACGGAAUUCUAUUGGCUUCGGCUGUUCUUAUCUUUCUGUACGUUUUGAUUAUCUUCGAAGUCGUGAACCGAACGCUGGCCGCUAUGAUCGGCGCCACCGCUGCCAUCACUUGCCUCACGCUUAUAAGAGAUCGACCAUCGCUUGAAAAGGUGGUUUCAUGGCUCGAUGUGGAGACCCUAUGUCUUCUGUUCGGAAUGAUGGUUCUCGUGGCCAUUCUCUGCGAAACCGGAUUCUUUGAUUAUGUCUCUGCGUUUCGUUUGGCGAAAGGGCAGUUGUGGCCACUAAUACUAACGUUAUGCGCGUUUACUGGCGUUUUAUCGGCAUUUUUAGACAAUGUGACCACAAUAUUGUUGAUGACUCCCGUGACCAUCAGGUUAUGCGAAAUUAAAAACAUGGAUCCCAAACACGUUCUCAUAGCUCUGGUUAUAUUCUCUAACAUCGGAGGCGCCGCCACACCUGUGGGCGACCCCCCGAAUGUCAUCAUUAUAUCGAGCGCUAAAAUACAGCAACAGGUAAUUCAC